CGUCCCCCGAGCACCUGCUUGGGGCGUGGCCUUUGGUGGAUGCGCGCCUCCGAUUGGUGCGGCGUUGACAAAGGGGCGUGGCGCUAGUGGCCCCGCCCCGAGGCUGGGGUAUUUAAAGGAGGCAGCGGGCUUCUUCACUCACAGCGCCGCUGCACGGCCUCGCGGGUGGUGUUCCCUGCGGCCCCUGCGCGACCCGGCGACCCCGGCUGCUUCAGCCACCAUGCCGCGCUCUUUCCUCGUCAGGAAGCCCUCGGUCCCUCGCCGGAAGCCCAAUUACAGCGAGCUGCAAGACUCUUCUCCCGAGCUCACCUUCCAGCAGCCCUACGACCAGGCCCACCUGCUGGCUGCCAUCCCGCCUCCUGAGGUCCUCAACCCCACCGCCUCGCUGCCCACCCUCAUCUGGGACUGUCUCCUAGCGCCCCACACGCAGCCCAUUAGCUGGGCCUCCCUGCAGCCCCAGGAGAACCCCCAGGCAGCAGAGCUGACCUCCCUGUCUGAUGAGGACAGUGGGAAGGGCUCGCAGCCCCCCAGCCCACCCUCUCCAGCUCCUUCCUCCUUCUCUUCCACCUCCGCUUCUUCCCUGGAGGCUGAGGCCUACAUUGCCUUCCCAGGCUUGGGCCAACUGCCCAAGCAACUGGCUCUGCUCUCCGUGGCCAAGGACCCCCAGUCUCGCAAGGCUUUCAACUGCAAGUACUGCAACAAGGAAUACCUCAGCCUGGGCGCCCUCAAGAUGCACAUUCGGAGUCACACUCUCCCCUGUGUCUGCGCAACCUGUGGGAAGGCCUUCUCCAGGCCCUGGCUGCUGCAGGGCCAUGUCCGGACCCACACUGGUGAGAAGCCCUUCUCCUGCCCCCACUGCAGCCGGGCCUUCGCUGACCGCUCCAACCUGCGCGCCCACCUGCAGACCCACUCAGACGUGAAGAAGUACCAGUGCCCGAGGUGCGCCCGCACCUUCUCCCGCAUGUCCCUGCUGCACAAGCACCAGGAGUCGGGCUGCUCGGGUGGCCCCCGCUGAGCCUGCCACCGCCCCAGCUGCCUCCCCCAUCCAGGAGGAAGGCGCCCCAUCCGUCGCCCCGCCACGGAAGCCGCCGAUGCCUGGCUGCGACGCCCCCGUGGACUUUGCAGGCUGCUGACUGGUGUUGCGCCCCGGGGGCCUCAUGGGCUUUGAAGGAGGCCUCUCCGGGCCUUCCUGUGGACAGUGGACCGAAGGUGGCCUUGGAGCUGCUUCCUGGGCCUUCCCCAGUUGGCCUCUGGGCUCGUGUCUCCAGAGCUGUGUGGAUUCAGCUGCUGAGCAACAGGACAGAGCGGACAGAUGGAGCUCCCCCACCCCACUUAGGAGACUGCUCCCCUCCCUGUGCUCCCCACAAGGAACCCUCCACCACCUUCCAGAGGUGUGACUGACUAUGCAACAAUCCCGCCCCCACGCACAUCUGUGGGGCACUGGAGGGCGGCUUCGAACACAAGGAUGGACCGGAGGACACUCGAGAUGCCCCUGGCCCUGGGCAGCUAUUUAGCCUCCUGUUUGUCCUGGUGACACCUGCUUCACGGGCAAUUUAACAAUGUCUCAAAAGGGACUGUGAGUAAUGGCCUUGCCUGUUGGACUGAGUAGGGUGCUUCGGCCUGACCAGUUUGUCUCCCAGAAUGUUCCGGGGCCCUGACAGGCAGGCCUACAAGGACGAUGUUUACAUUUUUAAAGGUACACUGGUGUGUAUAUUGCAAGUGACAUUUUGUAUUAAGGAAACAUUUUGUAUAGUUAUAUAUACAGUUUAUUGAUAUUCAAUAAAGGCAUUAAUUUAUAUAUUA